AUGUUAUGCAGAAGAAGUUCAAUUCAGAGUAGCCAUGGAUCUGUACCAGUGUACCUUAAUGUCUAUGAUCUAACCUCCAUUAAUGGCUAUGCUUAUUGGCUUGGUCUUGGGGCCUAUCAUUCUGGGGUUCAAGUUCAUGGGGUAGAAUAUGCAUUUGGAGGCCAUGAGUAUUCAACAACAGGAAUUUUCGAAGUAGAACCGAAACAAUGUGAUGAAUUUACAUUCAGGAAGUCAAUUUUGAUGGGAUGGACAGAUGUGAGUCCUGGGGAAAUCAGGAGAAUUAUGGAGGAACUUGCAAAAAAAUAUAGAGGAAAUGCUUAUAAUCUCAUUACCAAGAAUUGCAACCAUUUCUGCAAUGAUGUUUGCAUUAAACUCACUGGAAAUCCCAUCCCGAGUUGGAUUAAUCGACUCGCUAGGUUUGGUUUGUUGUGCAACUGCAUAAUUCCAGAGAAUUUAAAUUCCACAAACGUUGGCCAACACAAAAUUGAAGACAAGGGAUGUGAAGAAGAGAAGAAGAAACUGAGAAGCCGCUCGAACAUAUUCCCUUCCUCGUCUAACUCAUCUUCAUCUUCGUCGUGUUCUCCGCCACUUGCCACAACCAGAGGAAGUCGAAGCAUAAAUUCUUUGCCUCCAUCUUCGCCUUAG